ACACGACAACAGAUAAGGAAAACACUGACGCAGUGCAUGAUUUUAUGUGGCGAAAAAGUUGCUGUUGUCCAGGAACUAUCGGUGUUAUACGUUUAACGUGCACAUUUUAAACUGAUAAAAUGAGUGGGGACGGUCCUAUUGAUACAGAUUCGGUAACUUUGACGCGGUAUGUACUUGCCGAACAAAAAAAGCAUCCUCAGGCGACCGGGGAUUUCUCUCAGCUGAUCAACUUUCUCCAGACGGCUGUGAAAGCUGUGUCGUCGGCUGUGAGGAAAGCGGGUAUACACAAACUAUAUGGAAUAUCAGGAUCAACCAAUGUCACAGGAGAUGAGGUUAAAAAGCUUGAUGUCCUGUCCAAUGAUUUAUUUAUCAACAUGCUGAAGUCCUCAUUCCUCACCUGUCUUCUGGUGUCAGAGGAGAAUGACAAGGCCAUUAUAGUGGAAACUGAAAAGCAGGGGAAGUACAUUGUGGCCUUUGACCCCUUGGAUGGGUCAUCCAACAUCGACUGUUUAGUGUCCAUUGGAUCUAUUUUCUCCAUUUACAAGAAGAUAAGAUCUGACACGGAUGACUCUCCUGUAACGGAGGCUGAUGCUCUACAACCGGGAAAUCAACUUGUUGCCGCGGGUUAUGCACUUUAUGGUAGUGCCACCAUGAUUGUACUCUCAAUAGGAAAUGACUGUGUCAACGGCUUUAUGUUGGAUCCUGCUAUUGGGGAGUUCAUUCUUACCAAUCCUAACAUCACAAUCAAGCCCAGAGGAAAAAUCUUCUCCAUUAAUGAAGGUUAUGCCAAGUUUUGGGACGAGCCUACAGCAGAGUAUGUCAAGCGGAAGAAGUACCCAGAGACUGGUAAACCAUAUGGAGCUCGGUACAUAGGAUCUAUGGUAGCAGAUGUUCACAGAACAUUGGUGUACGGUGGAAUAUUCAUGUAUCCAGCCACCUCUGAGUCUCCCAAGGGAAAGCUGCGUCUGCUUUACGAGAGCAAUCCGAUGGCAUUUAUCAUAGAGCAAGCCGGAGGCAUGGCCAUUACUGGAAAAGAGAGAAUCCUGGAUAUACAGCCGACUUCUAUUCACCAGAGAUGUCCUGUCUUUAUGGGUUCUAAAGAGGAUGUUCAGGAAGUGUCAGACCUCUAUAGUCAGCUCUCUUAAAGCAACACUACAGCACUUUGUAACCCUGCCAGACUGAAUAGUGGGUUCAGCACAGAUUAAGGCAUAGCUGCAAUCUUCUUUUUACUUCUUAUUUUUAGGGAUCAGGGGGUGGGGGAGAUCUAAGAGUCUUCUCAAUUGGAAGUGAAAUCCUGGUUAGCAAUAUAUUACUUGUCUAGAAAGAACUUCUCUUUAGCUGGAUCAGUUGAGCAUCAGACUAGUCAGCGUGAGGUCACAGGUUUGAAUCCUAACAGAGACAUUGUAAUAAAUAAUGACCUCUGUUACACUGACCUCCAUGUAGGGACUCGGGAAUAACACUGUAACCCCUGGAAAUUGGAGGACAAGAUAUUUCCUGGAGGAAGAUUUUGUAACUCUAGUAGAUAGUAGCCGCAAUAUACCACUCAGCUAGACAGAACUUCUCUUUACUGAGCUUGAGGUGUUAGGUUUUUAUCCAAGCCAAGGCAUUGGAAUGAACAAUGACCUCUUAGAAAAAUGCAUUUAUUAACCUUUUGAUAAACUUACAAUUUACCUUAAAAUUUCAUGUUUGAAGCUAUGCUUUCUUAAGUGGAUUUUUAAAGUUUGAAUGAUCAGGAAUUUUUACUUACAAUUAGUGACUUAAAGUCAGAUAUGGCUGGUUUACUUCUGUUUAUCCAUCUAGAUGAGGAUACAGAAAACCUGAAAUCUAAGUUAGAGUUUAAUGGUAGUUAAUAUUAAUUACCAAGGUUUUAGUUACUUUAGUUCUGAGCUUCCAGCUAGUAGUUGUAUAUUUUUGGGGGAUUUUAUAUUCUAUAUAUUAGAAUUAAAUAUAUAGGCUGUUUAGUUGUAGACUUCUUCCAAAGGAAAUUGUUACAUUGUGUAUAUAAUGAUGAAUGAGAUAGAGUCUAAUACUAUGAUAGAGAAGGGAUACAUUCCACACUAUAGAUCUAUAUACUUCCUUUGGUAAAGAUUGAGAGGACAAUUAACUGGUUGUAUUCCUACUUUUUUUUCUGUCUAACUGUACAAACUUUGUCUAAUCCAAGACACAUAUACACUGCCAUGGGGAGAUCAACCCAGUUGGUUUUUUUCAAACAAGUCAGGCUGUUUUUAUUAGCAAUAUCACCUAUCAUUUAUUUGUAGAUUGUCAGUUGACUUGUUUUACAGGUAAAUGGAGCUGUACAAUGUAGAUUGGUGUAUUUCAAGUGAUAUUUAUUUCUGUAUUCAUACCUGUAAGAGUUAAGUAACAGAUUAAAGUGUAAAUGUAUUAUACACUUAAAAAUGAGAUCUCACAACCAAGGUUAAUAAGAUAGCAAAUAAAAUCACUUGAAAUACAGGUAAUCUACUGUACAUUCAAGUGCCAUGAUUGUGUAACAUAUUUUGUUUGUUUUAGGUUUUAACUUGUCAGGACUAUUUAGAUCAUCUAAAAAAACAUGAAUUUUGAUAUAACGAUGAUACCUUCUCUGUUUUAAAUAUGUAGUUCUUACAUGUCAGUAACUCAAAUCUUAUAACAGAAUGGGAUGUUAAGUACCAUCAGUAUGUCACUGUUUCUCCUGGCUCAGUAAUAACAGCAUGGCAUGUUAAGUACCAUCAGUGAUGUCACUGUUUCUCCUGACUCAGUGAUAACAGUAUGACAUGUUAAGUACCAUCAGUGAUGUCACUGUUUCUCAUGACUCAGUAAUAACAGUAUGGCAUGUUAAGUACCAUCAGUGAUGUCACUGUUUCUCCUGGCUCAGUAAUAACAGUAUGGCAUGUUAAGUACCAUCAGUGAUGUCACUGUUUCUCCUGGCUCAGUAAUAACAGCAUGGCAUGUUAAGUACCAUCAGUGAUGUCACUGUUUCUCCUGACUCAGUAAUAACAGUAUGACAUGUUAAGUACCAUCAGUGAUGUCACUGUUU